GUCUGAAGAGAGUGGUGAUGUGUCGCUUUGUCUGACAACUGACUACCCUUGGGACAUCACUUUUUGCCUUUCAUUGUAUACAUUUUUUGUACACGAUGCCUGCAAAGAAGAAACGGUUUACCAAGAACAUAAGCAGGAAGAGGAGAAAGAACAUAGAAGCAAUGAUAAUGGCUAGCAAAGCAAAGAGAGCGGCGGCAGCUGCUGUGGUGGUGACGCCGCCACCAUGCUAGUACCACCACACUCCUCUCAUGACCUAUCCUUGGUCACUGCUACUGAACUAUUGGAUAUUUCAUAUUCAGAAACAAGGAAGACAAAAUAUAGGAGCCCCGCAAAUAUGGCCACCGUGGCCACCUCCACGGCUACUACUACUACCACAACUACUACCUCCACGGCUACAUCUACCACAACUUCUACUUCCACGGCUACUACUACCACAACUUCUACUACCACAACUUCUACCUCCAUGGCUACCUCUACGGCCACUAUCACGACUACUACCUCCACGGCCACUCCAUAUGUGGCCACCCCACGUUCACGUGGUCGACCCAGAAAAGACGUACCUGUGGCCACACGACGUCCAGUUGGCCGACCAAAAGGAACGAAGAACAAAAGACGUCCCAAUUUAUUUACAUUGAUCCCAUAUGAGGCCAGCACAUCCACCACCACCCAAUAUAUGGCCACCAGCACCUCCACUGCCACUUUAUCUCGUAUGACCACAUCUGUGGCCAGCACCUCCACUGCCACCCCAGAUGUGGCCAACAACUCUGAUAUUGAUACUAGUGUUGCGAGUGAUAUUCCAGUGUCAACACCUGCAUCUGCUGAGGUGUCAAGUGCCACACAGAGAUUGUCAUUAUUUAGUAAUGUAAUUAAUGAGUUUAUUGACAUAAAUAUAAAGAUGGAGAAUUGUAAUACAUUAUAGAAUACUGUCUUAUCGAAAGUGUUUUGCUCGAAGUGUUGUGUUAAAACAGUGGAAACUACAUAUUAUGAACAACAUCUAGAGACAGUUAUUGUUCUAGAGUGUCCUGGUUGUGGAUAUCAGAUGGGGGAAAAACCUGGUGCAUAUAAAGUAUUGAAUGAGAUAACUGGUUGGAUGGUGUAUGGGGAAAUGGUAGCAGGUCAAGGAUACAGGGCACUUGCUCGUAGAAAUGCAUUGUGCACUCUUCCACAUAUCACUCUAUACAUAUACAAUAAUUAUGCGUCUAUGAUAACAGAAAAAUGUAUCUAGGGACAUUAUUGUUCAGGAAUAUGCCAAAUUGAACAUUGUACCAGAUAUCAAUGGAAUUCAUAACACUGAUGUGACAUAUGACGGAACAUGGCACAAAAGGGGACAUCACUCAAAUAUAGGCAUUGGUAUCGCUAUCGAUGCCGUGACGAAAUUAGUGGUUGAUUAUGAAGUUUUGUGCAAGUACUGUCAAAUGUGUGCCUAUAUGGAAAGUUCUUACAGCAAACAGACAUCUCUUGAAAAAUAUGAACAAUAUGAAAAUGAACACGAACAUAAUUGCUAUAUAAACUAUUCAGUAACAGCUGCAAAGAUGGAAAGUAAAGCAGCAGUAAUAAUUUGACAACGAUCUCUUGACAAAAAAACUGAGAUACAAAACAAUAGUGAGUGACGGUGACAGCAGUAUGUAUAAAACCAUUGUUGACCUCAACGAUGGUGAGGGUCCAUAUCCAGGUGUAAAUGUUGAAAAAGAGGAAUGUAUCAAUGAUUAUGCAAAACGUCUAAAGAACAGACUAACAAAUUUGAGGAAGUCACAAUAUGUUGAGAAAGAAUUGAAAACUGGGAGGAAGAGGAAGGAGUUCGCCAUGAACAAAAGGGCAUAUUGACAGACUCUGUAAUUGAUAAGUUGGCACAGUACUUUCAAAAGAACCUGAGAGAGGUGAUCGAUCAUGGAGUUGAAGAUAUGAGGAAUUGUAUAAUGGCAAGCUUCUUCCAUUUUUCCUCAAAUGAUGAAAAACCUCAGCAUCACCUUUGCCCAACAGGUGAUAAAUUCUGGUGUUUCUACCAGAAAGCAGUAGCAGCAAACCUUCCUCCACCAUCUCACACCAACAUGAAAGUGCAGUUCCAACUGGAACCUGCAUACAUGGAGGAGGUGCAUAAUAUCUACAAAGACCUAACAACAGAUGAAAUGAUGUGGCAUUGUGUAAAAGGCAGAACACAAAACCCUAAUGAAAGUCUGCAUCAACGCAUAUGAUCUUAAAGCAAUAAAGCCAAAUAUCAAACCAAGAGGCAUGCUGAUUUCGCAGUCAGCCAUGCUGUUGCAGACUACAAUACUGGAUAUGUGAGGAGCUGUCUAGACAUACCACUGGGCUACGGACGUUCAGCAGUGACUCAAGCACAACUUGAAUUAAUGGAGAAGCACAUGAAGGAAAAACGGAACCAAAAAAGAGGAAAGAAGAGGAAAAGGGAGCUGGACACGUCCUACGAGCCUGGAGGACAUUAGCUAAUCAUGUGUCUACCUACAUCCAGUCAAAGACUGAUUGGGGUGGAUUGUUAUGAUUGGCCGGCCACCAGAGAACUUCAGGAUAAAGGGAUCUUCAUGGAACUUCAGGAAUAAUGUCUAUGCAACCAGUUCUACUCUCAAUAAACGUAUAAAGGCACUAGGAGUAAUUUUACCCACUGUAUAGUAAUGUUCAAUGUAUUUGUUGAUUUUUCUCGAAAGUGCAUUUAUUUGUAUUAUUCUGAUGAUUCACCAAUA